UUGUGUUUUCAUCAUUUUUAAUUUCUUGGUAAGGUGUACUGUUCUGUACUUUCUGAAACAGUAUAUACUGAAUGUAACUUUUCAAAAUGACAUAUCCUCAUAGACACCAUGUUUUAGCCAUAAUCUAGUUUUAGAUGUAGAUGUUGUGGGCCAGGAGAUUUUUAAGUUAAGGAAUUACAUUAAUUCCAGAUUGAAUUAAUUGUUUUCAGUUUACUUUUGUGUAAUUUUUAUCUUUUUCAUAAUGGCAGAGUGAAAGGAGUGAAAGGUAGAUAGUUAUAUGUUUUCCAUGGUUGACUAUGUAAAAAUCAUUUAAUUGCAGGAUAGCCAUCUCCCAGAUUAUUUUUUUCCUAUUUGCAGAUAUUUUUGGGUUGCUCACAACAUUUAAUAUAUAGUUACUUUUAUAUUAUCAAAAUAAUAGGCCAAGGGUAUCUUUGUAAUUUCAGCCUAUUAUUAUUUCACUUGGAUGGCGAUUUCUGGGUGUGAAAAGAAAAAGCCCUCAUCUUUUCAAGAAUUCAUACUAGGGCGCCAAUGCUUCGGCAUUAGAGAAAGAGAUUGGUCCAGAACAGUUUCCAGUCAAUGAGCACUAUUUUGGAUUAGUCAAUUUUGGGAAUACCUGCUACUGCAAUUCAGUUCUUCAAGCACUUUAUUUUUGUCGUCCAUUUCGGGAAAAAGUUCUUGCAUAUAAGAGUCAACCUAGGAAAAAGGAGAGCCUUCUUACAUGCUUAGCAGAUCUCUUCCAUAGCAUAGCCACUCAGAAGAAAAAGGUUGGAGUAAUACCCCCUAAGAAGUUCAUCACAAGAUUACGGAAAGAAAAUGACUGUCAGUUCCAUGACGGAGGGAACCCAUUUGUUUUUGCUCACCAUUGUAUUCCCAGCACAUAUUCCAGUUCCUGGCACAUAAGCUUUUUGACAACUACAUGCAACAAGAUGCCCAUGAAUUCUUAAAUUACCUGCUAAAUACAAUUGCUGAUAUUUUACAAGAGGAGAGAAAGCAGGAAAAACAAAAUGGUCGCUUACCUAAUGGUAAUAUUGAUAAUGAAAAUAAUAACAGCACACCAGACCCAACGUGGGUUCAUGAGAUUUUUCAGGGAACAUUAACUAAUGAAACCAGAUGUCUUACUUGUGAAACUAUAAGCAGCAAAGAUGAAGAUUUUUUAGACCUUUCUGUUGACGUGGAACAAAAUACAUCAAUUACUCACUGCUUAAGGGGUUUCAGCAACACAGAAACUCUAUGCAGUGAAUACAAGUAUUACUGUGAAGAGUGUCGCAGCAAACAGGAAGCACACAAACGGAUGAAAGUUAAAAAACUGCCCAUGAUUCUAGCUCUACACCUGAAGAGAUUUAAAUAUAUGGAUCAACUUCAUCGAUAUACAAAACUCUCUUACCGGGUAGUUUUCCCUUUAGAACUUCGUCUAUUUAACACUUCAGGUGAUGCCACCAAUCCAGACAGAAUGUACGACCUGGUUGCUGUUGUGGUUCACUGUGGAAGUGGUCCCAAUCGAGGCCAUUAUAUUGCAAUAGUUAAGAGUCAUGAUUUUUGGUUGUUGUUUGAUGACGACAUUGUAGAAAAAAUAGAUGCACAGGCUAUUGAAGAAUUCUACGGGUUGACAUCAGAUAUCUCAAAGAACUCUGAGUCUGGUUACAUCCUUUUCUAUCAGUCUCGGGACUGAGGGGGAACCGUGAUGAAGAGAUACUUUCUGCCUCAUUUCUUCUCUGGUUAUUUUGGAAAGGAUCAAGCACUGAUUUUUCAAGAAAAGAGAAAUGCAGGAAGCUCAGGGGGCAGUAGCACACUUUGCACACGAUAAAGCAAAGACGAUGGAUUGACAAGCCCUUCCGAUCAUGGUAGUUGGUUUAUUUGCUCAGGUAUCAUGCUGUCUGUACAGUUCCAUUCAACAAGGAGGUGAAAUCAGAGAUACCAGCUCCUCUUGUAAAACAGCCUUCCAGUCAUUGACACGCAUUUUCUCUUUAUUAAUUGCACCAAUAAUGCUUUGAAUUCCUUGGGAGUGCAGUAGAAAGAAUCGGGAUCUGUGCUGUAUUGAUAAGGAGGUGAUGUCGAACACACUGCAUAAAUUUGCCUGGUUCAAUGUGUAUAGAAGCAUAUUCGGUGUCUUUUCAAGAGUCAACCAGAAAUACUUUUGGGCCCAACACUUGCAGUUGCCUUCCUGAUGUAAAACCUAACAUGCUAGAUAAUCCAGUGUCGGGAAGACAAAGAUGUUUUGCUUCUCUGAAGAAGCUUAUAAUAAUAUACAGUGUAUGUAUAUGUAGGGAGCAAUUGGUCAAAAGUGGCUUUUUGUUUCCCCAAGGGGAAAGACUGGCUUUGUAAUUAUAAUUUUUUCCUUAUUUAUUUUACUUAAAACUGGUAGAGUCUAAGUAUUGUAUGAAGUGCCCAUGAUUCUGUCAGUAAAUUUGAACAUAUUUUUAUCAGUUAAUGUCAGUUUAAGUAGUCCUUUUGUUUGUUUCUAUUUUUAAGGUGAAUUUUAAAUUCUAUCUGAAAUCAGUAAGAUACCUUGAGAAAAACUGCAGUGAGAGGAGGUAAAUAUCCUUUUUCAGGAGGAACUGAUAUCUCUGGCUAAGUAUUUGUCCUUUUGUUAUGGUUUCUAAAUCAGUUAUUUUCUUCAGCUUUAAUUUCAUAAAAUUAAAAAACUAUAAAAAAAUUCCUGUAGUUGUUGGAAUAAUUAAAAAUUCUGGUGCAGUGGUGGUAUACCAAUCUUUAGAAUUCUUAAGUAUUCUAAUGUUUCCAGUUGAGGUCAUGCUUGGGAAAUCUUGUCAUAGCAUAUAUGUUAUUUUCAGAUGUCAUUUUUUUACCCUGGAAAGAAGUAAUAAUGUUCAUCAUAACCCUGGUAGCCUGGAUAGCGAGCUAAACAAACCCUUUGAAGAUUAAAUUUUAAUCAAGUAGACUAGGAAUACAAAAACCAAAUCCUUCCUCCCCUUCCCCGCAACUUUAACAAAAACCAAAUCCUUCCUCCCCUUCCCCGCACCUUUACAAUCUUACUGGAAGGGUGUUCAGAAAUUAAAAUUUGUGUUUGCUAAGACUUCAUUCUGUUGGGGGUUUUAAGAAGUAAUAUAUGUAACAUAAAAUGUAUGCAAACCGUCGCAGUUUUUUUGGACGUUUUUCCAUGCAUCAGAAAGUUGUCUGACAGUAGCCGAAUGUAACUUGCAGAAAAUUAUUGAAAAUUAUAUUCAGAAUAAUAGCAAUCAGGCCUUGGAUGUUCUUUAUUAAAUUCUUUUCAGGCAGUAAAUUAAAAAAAAAAUUGUCAUUUGCUAAAGUUCUUUUGCUAAAACUGUUGACUAUGGAAAACAAACAACAAAAAGGAAUUUUUUAGUCUGCUGCUAUUAUUAACAUUUAUUAUCUGUAUCUUUUGGCUCAGGAAAUGACUUCACCUAUUUGUUCCAUAAGCAGACCUUUAACAGGGUCACUUAGGUAAUUGGGCUGCUUAAACACGUGUGCUGGGAGAAAAUUAUAAUAAUAGUAUUUGUACUAAAUAUCAAAAGUAUUUUGACAAGUUUCUUUUUAAGAUAGUUUCUAAAGCCUUACCCUGGCUAGAGAUGUUUUGUACAAAUUAUAUAUAGCCAGCCUUAUCUACCAACAUGCCACAGAGAAUCACAAUCAACAAUGUGGGGAAAGUCAGGGCAGUGAAAGUGGAUGCGCUCUUUUUAUUUUGAGGGCUUAAACCAAAUUGUCUUGGAUUAUUCAAGCUGUAUUUCUGCAGCUUUCAGUACAGAGAAAAAGAGGUAAGUGAAGCUGUGUCAGUUUUAACAUUAGCUGUAUCACAACAUGUUUAAGAAAAGAUAGAUGAAGUCAUUUGCAUAAAGGUACAGCAUUGAAAUACUACGUUGUGUUUGUUUUUACAUUUUUGCAUUAAAGAAAAAACAUGCAGUAAAAGCCAAGUUACAUUUCAUAUUAAAGCAAGUUCUAGUAUAUGUGUUGAGUUCCUGGUAAUCACAUACUUAUUCACAUCUACAUCAUACUUCAUAGUAUGAUUUGUCAGGGGAGGGACUGUGGGGUGACAGUUUUACAUUUACUUUUUCUUCUUAAUGCAGCUGGAUCUAAGUAAAAUGUUUUGAAGAAACUCAAUAUACUUUUAAAGCAUUUAGGGUCAGGGUUGGGGGAAAAAUACAGGUAUAGUAAGUAAGAAAAGUGACCCAUGAAGAAAGCAUUGUGAGGUUGUAUGUUGGUUGACUGUGAUUAAAAUGCAGGGCUGGUUUAAGUUGUAAAUGGUGGCCGAUUGCUAUGUAACUAUGUACAUGAUUAUUGGGAUGGCUGUCCCAUAUUUUGUAUAUUGGAAUAAAAAUUUCUAUAAAUUAUUGUAACUAAAAGUAAAUAUUCUAAAUUAAAUCCCACUUCUUAAGUCACAUGGCUUCUGUCUUGGAAAUUUUACCUUUAAAAGAUGACUUAAGACAGGAACCAGGAGGCUUGGGAACAGGGACAGAAGGAAAUGUUGUAUUACGUGGGUCUUGGGGCCUCUAACCAUCAGUAUAGGGUUUUUUCUUUCCUCGAUGGCAGUAGAAAGACCUCAUUUUCAUAACUACUCUUGAUACUUUCUUUAAAAACACUUUUUAUUAAAGAUUCUGUCAUGAGGUAUUUGACUGGGAGCUGGGAGGCUAAAGCGCUCAUGUCCUGGCUCUUCAGUGAAUUUAACUGUGUGACCUUGGGCAAGUCACUUAACCUCUCUGUGCUUCAGUCUCCCUGUCUUGUAAAAUGGGAGUAAUACCUACCUCACAGGGUUGUUGUGGGGAUUAAUUAGAGAUAAUGUCUGUAAAGCAUUUAAGGUUCUUGAAGAAGGCGCUAUAUAAAUAUAAAAUAAUAUCUAUUAAAGUUGGUUUAUUUGUG